GCCCCAGCCACCGGAGGAGUGAAGAAGCCGCAUCGUUAUCGCCCUGGAACCGUCGCCCUGCGUGAGAUUCGUCGUUAUCAAAAGUCGACGGAGCUGCUCAUCCGCAAGCUGCCCUUCCAGCGUCUUGUCCGUGAGAUCGCCCAGGACUUCAAAACAGAUCUCCGAUUCCAGUCUUCCGCUGUGAUGGCCCUUCAGGAGGCUUCCGAAGCCUACCUCGUUGGUCUCUUCGAGGACACCAACCUGUGCGCCAUCCAUGCCAAGCGUGUUACCAUCAUGCCAAAGGAUAUCCAGCUUGCUCGCCGAAUCCGUGGAGAACGUGCAUAA